AUGAAGUUCUCUCAUAGCAUCCAAUUCAAUGCCGUUCCCGACUGGAGCAGUCAUUACAUCGCAUAUAGUAAUCUCAAGAAAUUAAUUUACGGACUCGAAAAGACUAUCCACCAACCUGGCAUCUCCGAUGUUGAAACACGACCGCUCCUUCGGAAUGAGGACCCCGAGGUCGCUUUUGCCCGGGCGUUAGAUGUUGAGCUAGAGAAGAUAUCAUCCUUCUACGGCGUCAAGGAAAAGGAGCUCUUCGACGAGGUCGACGAUCUUAUGCGCGACCUCGGAUCACUCGACGCCGAUGGCCAAGUUCAAACCGAUAUACCCCAGAGACCCGCCCUGCAUGAUAUCAUUAGUGACCCGGUGAAGCCUACUCGAGGUCCCCGGAGUGCCCAAAGUGCCCGAAGUACUCGUUCGACUGAUGAUGGCGUCGAGGAUAGCGAUGAAGACGAGGAUGACGUCGACGAACAAGAUGAGACGUCGGCCCUCAACAAGAGGAGGCGCCGACGAUCAAGCCUUGGAGCACAUAGCCGAAGGCGCACUGUUCCGAGCACGAUGUUUGCUUCCACCGACUUGACUGUCUCAACCGACCUUACUCGUUCGCGCAGAUACAGCCUUGGUUACGAUGAUUAUGCCGAGACGGCCAUGCAUUCUUCUUCCGGCAUCAUGCUGAAGAAGCGUAUCGUCAGCCUCUACGUGCAGCUCUGCGAACUUAAGUCGUACGUGCAGCUGAACAGAACAGGCUUUAGCAAGGUCCUCAAAAAGUUCGACAAGAUCAUCGACAAGGAAUUUCGACCGAGAUAUAUGAAAGACACCGUUGAGAUCACCUAUCCUUUCUUACCUGUGACUAUCAGACAGGUCGAGGAGAGCAUCGCCAAGAUGGAGAAGGCAUACGCCGACGUGGUUACCCAUGGUGACGAGCCUCUCGCUAAGAAGGAUCUCCGAUCGCAUCUGAGAGAGCACGUCGUCUGGGAACGAAACACAGUAUGGCGAGAACUCAUCGGUCUAGAGCGUCGCGCUGAAGCUGCAAGCCUCGGAAAAGGUCUCCUCGGCGCGCAAAACGAUGGGAUUAAGGUGAGGCUGCAAGGUGACGACGCCCCUGCUACUCCCAUGAGAGAGAUCACGACCCCUGUCGGCCGUUUUACCUGCCCAACAUGGUUGUUCGGCUCGACUAUGUUCACACUUCUUGGAAUAAUCGCUAUAUUUCUGGUUCUGCUAUCUGUUCCCAUCAUGGAUAGGCCCGAGCAGCAAAAUUGCUUAGCUAUGUUGGUGUUCGUGAGCCUGUUAUGGGCUACCGAGGCAAUACCACUUUUCGUGACUUCUUUGUUGAUACCCUUCCUCUGCGUUGUCCUCCAGGUCGUCCGCGAAGACGAUGUGCCAUAUAAGCGACUGGAUUCUAAGAACGCCACUCCUUACGUUUUCGCGGCUAUGUGGACGCCCGUCAUCAUGCUUCUGCUGGGAGGGUUCACUGUUGCCGCCGCCUUGUCUAAAUGCAAGAUUGAUAAGCGGAUUGCGACCUUCGUUCUUAGUAAGGCCGGGACGCAACCGAGGACGGUGCUCAUCGCGACCAUGUUUGUGGCGGCUUUUGCCAGCAUGCUCGUGAGUAAUGUGGCAGCUCCUGUGCUCUGCUUUUCCAUCGUCGAGCCUAUGCUACGUAACCUCCCUUCGGGCUCUAGCAUGUCUAAGGCGGUGAUCAUGGGUAUCGCGCUCGCCUCUAACAUUGGCGGUAUGCUUUCACCUAUCGCAUCGCCACAAAAUGUCGUCGCACUGGGCAUCAUGGAGCCGGCGCCGACAUGGGGUGAAUGGUUUUUUGUCGUAAUUCCGGUAGGAAUUAUAUCUAUUCUCCUAAUAUGGAUCCUCCUCCUCAUCACCUUCCAACCUGGAAAAGGUACUACUAUCGUACCAAUUAGACCAGUAAAGGAAGCGUUUACAGGCUUACAAUGGUUUGUGUCCUUCAUAUGUAUCGCUACCAUCGGGCUUUGGUGUGCGAGUCACCAGCUCGAGUCAACGUUUGGCGAUAUGGGCGUCAUCGCCAUUAUUCCGAUUGUGCUCUUUUUUGGUGUCGGCAUACUCACCAAGGAAGAUUUCAACAAUUUCCCGUGGACUAUUAUUAUCCUCGCGGCGGGUGGUUUGGCUCUUGGCAAGGCCGUCAAGUCGUCAGGACUUCUCCAUACCGUGGCUGAGGGCAUCUCCCAGGAGGUGGACGGGGUCGACUUGUACGGCAUACUAAUUAUAUUUUCGAGCCUGACUUUGGUGAUUGCCACGUUUAUCAGCCACACUGUCGCCGCGUUGAUCAUCUUACCUCUCGUGUCGGAUAUCGGAAAGGGAAUGGACGAGCCGCAUCCUAACCUACUAGUCAUGGCGGCGGCACUCAUGUGCAGCGCGGCGAUGGCGUUGCCAACCAGCGGAUUCCCUAAUAUGAGUGACACCAUGCUCUCCGCAUUCACAGCUCGACCCAUCAUCGAACUAAAGCAACGCGAUAAAUCUAAGAUAGAAACGAUAUUGGCACAUGGCGAUCGCGUUCUUGUCGGUCUGAAUACCGGGUCGCUGAGGAUAUACCGCCUAAACGAACUAACCCAACCAUCCGAGCCUCCUGCUUCUAAUGGUACCCCCUCCUCUCCUCCAAGUACCGAGACAAAUCCGAAAUCUAGUUCUCCUCUAAAACCAACCGAUCUUCUACGUGAAGUUGAGAAGUUCUCUACACGCGCCGUUGAGCAACUUGCCAUCAUCAAAGAAGCCAACAUUAUCGUCUCCCUCUCCAACUAUCACGUCUCCCUCCACGAUCUCCAGACCUACGAGUUGGUCGAGACAAUAUCACGUACAAAAAAUGCUACCUGCUUUGCUGUCACCAGCAAUAUAGUUAAGGAUGCCGCUACCGGUAUUCCAGAGAUCAUUAGCCGUCUCGCCGUAGCUAUAAAACGACGCUUGUUGCUAUGGAGCUGGCACGAGAGCGAGUUACGUGACGACGUCACCGAGAUUUUGCUGCCUGAGGGUGUGAGGACUUUGACCUGGGCCAACGCGACCAAAGUUGUCUGUGGUAUGAACGCGGGAUACGUUUUGGUUGACGUGACUACGUCGGAAACGCACGAGAUAGUCGGGCUGGGUGCUGCGGCAACAGGAGGGCAGGGGAGCAGGUUCGGUGCCGCGAGUAUGGGUUACAUGGGACUCGGCGGUUAUAUGCCGAAGCCCCUAGCUACGAGGUUGGCCGAGGGUCAGAUGUUGCUCGCGAAGGACAUCAAUUCUCUAUUCAUCGACACGAACGGAAAUCCGUUAGACAAACGUCAGGUCCCGUGGCAGAGUGCCCCCGAGAGCAUCGGAUAUAGUUACCCUUACAUCUUGAUCCUCCAGCCACCGGCUAAAGGUACGUUGGAGGUGCGGAAUCCGGAAACGCUCAGCCUUCUACAGAUCAUUGAACUUCCCGGCGCCGCACAAUUACAUUUCCCACCACCAACAGUGAGUCUCGCUCAUGCGGGUAAAGGCUUUCACAUCAGCAGCGACAGAGCCGUAUGGAAGAUGGAGGCCACGGACUACGACACCCAGGUCCAGGAACUGGUGGACACAGCCAAAUACGACGAGGCUAUAAGCGUACUCGGCAUGCUCGAAGAUGCGCUGUUGAAAGAUAAGACUGGCACUAUGCGGGAGUCUAAGAUGCUGAAGGCGGAGGUUCUCUUCAAGAAAAAGAAGUUCUCAGAAAGCUUGGCGCUAUUUAACGAAGACGAGGUACACGCACCUCCCCAAAGGGUACUAAGGCUAUACCCUAGGACGAUUGCCGGCGAUCUUUCCGCUGAGUCUACACGAGAGGAGAGCGCGUCGGAGGAGGAAGACCAGGAAGAGGACGAGAAGGUCAACGGUGAAAAAGCGGCGAAACCCGACCCCAAUGUCGAGGUUGCGUCCCCAUCUAAACCUAGCACCUUUGCAAAGUAUUGGAUGGGACAUCGUAAAGGCGACUCCGAUGCGGCAUCUAUCACCUCGUCCAAGAAAGGCGGCACUGACAGCGAAGAUGUGGCGAGCGUCAAAGCUAAUACUAAGAAGGAUAAUGCCGAGGAUGAUGGACUGCUGGGGGGGAAGGAUCUAAUCAAGGCCGUUCGUGAGCUUAACAGCUAUUUAGCCGGCACAAGGACGCGUCUGCAGCGGUGGAUCGACCCAGCAACCGGAAGGUUGAAACCUCGUAAACUAACAACUAGCAAGGACUCUUCGAUGAGUUUAGACGAGAAUUUAGACGCCUUACUGACUCAUCCCCAUUCCGACUCUGACGAGCAGCUUGAACAUGAGCUGAAGGAGACAUUCACUGUGGUCGACACCGCUCUCUUCCGUGGGCUCAUGUUCGUUACGCCCACCCUUGCUGGUUCCCUCUUUCGUAUCCCGAACUUCUGUGAUCCCGCGGUGGUGAACGAGCACCUUCUUAAAAAUAGCCGGUACAACGAACUGGUCGACUUCUUCUACGGAAAAAAGCUCCACCGCGACGCGCUCACCCUUCUUCGAAAGUUUGGAGAUGUGAACCUGGAAGGGGAAUCAGCCAAACUUGAACUUAAUGAGCACACGGAUUCGGAAGUGGCAAUACCCGAGCAGCUACGUGGUCCGCGGAGGACAAUCGGCUACCUGCAAAGUCUUCCGCCGGAGAUGAUCGACAUCAUUCUCGAGUUCGCAGACUGGGUCCUGCGGCGUGAUCCGAACCAGGGGAUGGAAGUGUUUUUAGCGGAUAGCGAAAAUGCGGAGACCUUGCCACGAGAAAGGGUCGUCCGGUAUCUCGGCGCUAUCGACGUCAAUCUAGAGAUUCGCUACUUAGAACACAUCAUCACUGAAUUGGAAGACGGCACGCCGGACUUUCAUAAUCAGCUAGUGGAGCUGUUGGUCCAAGCCCUGAGAGACGACAAGCGCGACGAGGCGUGGAAUGAGAAACUGGAUAGUCUUGUGGCUUUUUUGAGGGGAAGUCAACAGUACAGUCUUAGUAGAGCACUAAGCAUAAUUCCCCGCGAUGAUCCGGCAUUCUACGAGGCUCGCGCUAUAGUGUUCAGCAACAUGGGUUCCCACAAGCAAGCACUCGAGAUCUAUGUAUUCAGCAUGCAAGAUUAUGCAAAAGCAGAGGAGUAUUGUAACCGCAUUCACGCGCUACCAAGCUCCCGCAGGGAAUCUUUUGCCGCGUUGUUGGCUGACGAAGAUGGCCGUGACCCCGACUCGAAGCCUUCAAUCUACCACAUGCUACUGUCUCUAUACCUCACCCCACCACCAUCAAAUGAACCGAACCUAGAACCGGCCUUGUCUCUCCUCUCGAGGCAUGGCUCUCGUUUGCCGGCAGAGUCAACGCUAUCUCUCAUACCUGAUGACCUUCCGGUGACGGAACUGGAGUCAUAUUUCCGAGGGCGUAUCCGCGCAGCCAACAGCGUCAUCUCGGAGUCACGUAUCAUCGAGGGGCUGCGUAAAACGCAGCUUGUGAAUACACAAGCACUGCUAUUACUUGGGGAUGGAAUUCCCGGCGGCCAGAGCGGGCGUAGCAGGAAAGUAGUCAUCGGCGAGGAGAGGGUAUGUGGUGUCUGCCACAAAAGACUAGGUAACAGCGUCGUGGCAGUGCUCCCAGAUAAUACCGUUGUCCAUUAUGGAUGCCUUGGAAGGCCGGGGCGUAGCAUGAGCGGUAGCAGGAGUGAGCGGGUUGCUGGUUCGUGGGGGAGACAUAGCUGA